UCGGGUCCCGUUGCCAAACCUCGGCCCUCUUCUCACAAAAGCCCUAACCACUCUCUCAAAGCCCUGCCUUCAUCUCACAAAGCCUCCCUCUCCACUCUCAACCCUCUGCAACUUCUCUCACAGACCCUCUAGCGAGGCUCCAUUUGCAAGCCUCAUAAAAGAUACCUCAUUUUCUUCUAGCGAGGAUCCAUUUGCAAGCUUCAAAAAGGUAUGGAUUCUCAGCCUCCUACGAAAGCCACCGAGGCUGAAAAGAAAUCCCGAAACUACUAUUGGACUCAUAGUCAAGAUUGCUUCUUUCUUGAUCUCAUGGUUGAUGGUAAACGAGGUCGAUGCAAAGCAAAAAAUUCAAAGAAAUUUCACCGCACAUGUUUGGGAAAAAAUGGUAAUAGCAAUGGAAGAUAAGUGCCAGGAUGGCUUUGAGGAGACACCAGCUUUGCUAAUUUUUUUAAGGAAAUCUGAAGAGGAGCUUGUCGCACGCAUGGCUCUCGUUUGGCUUCCUCCUUUUUCCUCCUCCUCCAUUCCGCAACCUACUCUCUUCUUCUUCAAUAGGGGAAGGAGGGGUAGGAGGAGUGCUGCUGCUUUUACUCCCCAAGCCCCACACCCCCACCUCAACUGCUUCUGCUCUCAUAACAACAAUGAAGCCCCCUACUCCCUUGCUGCAUCAUCAUCAUCAUUAAGAGAGAUAUGCUGUGGCCGAGUCCCUGAAACCAUUUUGCAAAGGGCGGAAGAGAUUGGAUUUGUGAGACCCACCCAUGUACAGCAAAGAUCCUUACCAACCCUCUUGUCAGGACGAGACUGCAUUCUUCAUGCUCAGACAGGAUCAGGGAAGACAUUAGCAUAUUUGCUAGUAAUUUUGUCAGCAAUAGAUGUUCAGCAAUCUGCUGUUCAAGCACUCGUAGUGGUGCCAAGUAGAGAACUUGGUAUGCAAGUCACGAAAGUUGCACGGAUGUUGGCUACGAGGUCUAUGGAAUUUGGAAUGGAGCAGAGGAGUUAUACUGUCAUGGCUCUUUUAGAUGGAGGAAUGUUGAAAAGGCAUAAGAUUUGGUUCAAGGCAGAACCCCCACAGAUAGUUGUUGCAACAAUAGACAGCUUAUGCCAAAUGAUUGAGAAGCAAGAUCUUAAGCUUGAUUCGCUGAGAGUUCUAGUUAUUGAUGAGGUUGAUUUCUUAUUCAAUUCAUCAAAACAAGUGCAUUCUCUUCGGAAGCUUUUGACUUCAUAUUCAGCAGCUGAUCGGCGUCAGACAAUAUUCUCGAGUGCAUCUAUUCCGCAGCAUAAGCAUUUCGUACAUGACUGCAUUCAGCAAAAAUGGACCAAGCGUGAUGUGGUUCACAUCCAUUUGCAUCCAGUGGAGCCCAUGCCUUCACGGCUUUGCCAUAUAUUUGUGACUUGUAAAAAGGAAGAAAGACUUCAGACUUUGCUCUCCUUACUUCAGCAGGAUAUCCCGAAAACUGGAAUCAUUUUUGUAAAUGAACAGUCUCAGAAAUCAAUAAUGGCCGGAAAUCCACCGCCAGCCGCGUGGAUCAUGGAGUUUCUGAGAACUUCAUCUACUGAAUUCUCUGAAAUCUUUCUCCUUGAGGAGGGCAUGAGCAUCAAUGCACGGACUCUCUCACUAUCUGAAGCAAGACAAGGACGUUCUCUACUGGUUGCUACUGAUUUAGCUAGCAGAGGUGUAGAUCUCCCAGAGACUACCCACAUUUACAAUUUUGAUCUUCCAAGAACUGCGAUCGAGUAUCUCCAUAGGGCUGGUAGGACAGGCCGCCGCCCUUUUUCAGAUGAGAUGUGCACUGUCACUAACUUAAUAGCACCGGAGGAGAGAUUUGUGUUGCAAAGAUAUGAAAAUGAGUUGAUGUUUGAGUGUAAAGAGUUCGUACUCCAUGGAGCACAAGAACCACGUUCUUGUUGACAUAUGAUGGUUGAGUUCUUCAAGAUGAUUGCACUCUCAGAUCGAAUGUAGAAGCCUUCUGAAGAUCUGUCCGCCUCUUUUACACCCACCUUGAUUAAUAUUGCAUUUAAAUCCGCCACACAGAUUAGCCCAGUUGUGAGAAGUGAGAAAGAUGAAGCAUCUGAAGACUCGAAAGGAAGUUUAAAGCCAUCAAAGACGUGUCUCAGCUUUAACAUGAACUCUGGGAGUUUAUUUCAUAUGGAAAAUCAUAAUAUCUGUCAAUGUAUUUCUUGGCUUUGAGGAAAGUAUUAUUAUCAAAUCAGAGAUGUUAGAAUGAUAUUUCAUGGUCCAGUGAGAAUGGUUGUAACGUAUCUAUGAAAUCUCCUAAAUUUUUCAGGGAGACAGCCUUGUCCUUGGAAAACAAAGGCCAUCUUGGUGAUUGGGAAGCUCAUUUUCCAAACAUUAAGUUACAUGAUAAAAGUGCCAUCAAUGAAAGUUGAAAUUUUCAUCC